AUGUCACUUAAAGCAUUCGAAUCAACUUUUUAUGAGAUUCUUUCUGACAGUCCGCUACCUAAUGGGCAUAUCUGGAAACUACAACCCUUGAAGAAUGCUAGUUUUCGAGAUAAUCGACAUUGGUUCGAAGUGCUUUAUCGAACUCGUGCAAGUUACCAAUGUAAUCAUGGACACUAUUGGCAAUCUUCAUGGAGCAUGAUUUUAUUUCGAUUUCAUCUUGAUGUUUCUGAAUGUUUUGGAAGAGUUAGAAUGAAACGAUUUGGCCAACGUUGUAAUAAAUGCAUAAAUGAUAAUGAGUACCAUAUUGGACGAUGUGACAAAGAACAAGUUUGGUAUACAGUUCAGCGUCUUCUGCUAAAUAUCUUACAAAGAUGUUAUGAGAAAAGACGUGACUGCGAUGUUGACAUGGAAGAAUAUAUUAUCCCUGUUAGUGAUGUUCCGAACGGCAGAUUCGGUGGUAUAGCACAUCAAAAGAAUUUCUGCGAAGCCUGUGCUCAUAAUCGAUGCCAAAAAAUGUUUAACAAAUUGACAAAAAAGAAAUAA